UUGUUUUGUUGAUUUUGAAAAUUAUUCUGGUAAUUUUUUUUCAAAUUUCAACAAUCAUGGCUAAAUCAAUAAAAUCACCGGCUAAUCUAACGAUAGAAUCCUGGAUUCAAAAACAACUCAAACUAAUUAAAUUGGAUUAUGAUGAAGAAUUGGAACGAAACCAAGAAUUACGAUCCAAACAUUCAUUAAAACAGUUGGAAAAAAGUGGCCAUGCCGUACGUAAGCUCGUGAUUACUAAUCAACGAACAGCAUUCGCUAAAAAAGUUAUACAAUUUUCCGUACGUCCUGAAAAACGUGAUCUCGUUAAUCUGAUCAAUAGCGGUAUGUCGCAUGGUGAUAUAGUCGGUGUGACCACUCAAGAACAAACUUCGGCUCAUUGCACCGGUGUAGUGCUUCAAGUGAAACGUCUAACCUGUGAGAUUGCUUUUAAUGCAGAUACGACUUUGUUCGAUGAAGAGAAAGACCAUUUGUUCAAUCUAAUUCAAUUGACCAAUGAUAUAACAUAUCGCCGAAUUAAGUAUGCGCUCGAAAACCUAUACGAACGAUCUAUACGAAAUUAUUUGGUUGGAUUGCUUUUUGGUAGCGAACCACUUCUUGAUCCACUGACUGUUUUACCACCUUAUACGAAUGAUUUACCUUAUCCAUUGGCUGGUCAAUCCAAUAUUGUGUGGUUCAAUUCGAAUUUGAAUUAUUCUCAAAAGAAUGCAAUCGAAUUCGCCUUGUAUCAACGUCAUUUAGCUGUAAUACAUGGUCCACCUGGAACAGGUAAAACGACCACAUUGACUGAAUUGAUUCUACAAAUGAUCACUCGUGGCCUUCGUGUGUUGGUAUGUGCGCCUUCGAACGUAGCUGUGGAUAACAUUUUUAAACAAUUGAUACAUUCUUCACAAAAAAAUAUUUGCUUGAAAUAUCGCUUGAAACGAUCAUUUAACUUUGUUAGAAUGGGCCAUCCUGCGCGUAUGGACUCAGAAAUACAGCCAUAUUCAUUAGAUUCAAUUGUUAUGAGCGAAGGGGCCGAUGUACUCGGUGACCUAAAGAACGAAAUCAACCAGAUAAAAUCAGAAACUAGACAGAACAGAUACACACGUGGACAGAUUCGUGAACGAAUGAAAGAAUUUGACCAGAUUGAGGAAAAGGUAUCCAAAGAAAAACUAAGAGAAGCUCAUGUUAUAAUGUCCACAUGUAAUGGUGCGGUUAUGAAUGGCCAAUUACGUUAUCUUUAUGAUGACCUAAACACAUUUUCAUUUGAUGUGGUCAUUAUUGAUGAGUGUGCACAAGCAUUAGAAGCAUCUACCUGGAUACCAUUAUCAUAUGCCAAGAAAUGUGUUCUGGGUGGUGAUCACAAACAAUUACCAGCAACAAUCUGUUCACAGGAAGCCGAAAAGCAAGGUCUUGGCAUUUCACUAAUUGAACGAGUUGUUGAUCAAUUCCAAAAUUGUCCAGAUAAAGUUGUUAGAAUGUUGACCGUUCAAUAUCGAAUGAACGGAUUGAUUAUGAAUUGGCCAUCAAAUUUUUUCUAUGAAAAUCGUCUCAAAGCAGACGAUUGUGUUGUUGAUCGACGAUUGAAAUUAAAAAAUAUCGACGAACUAUUGCCAGUUAUUCGAUUGAUUGAUACGGUCGGUUGCUCAAUGUAUGAACUGGAAUCUGAUCAACAAAGUUUGUCUAAAGGAAACAUUUACGAAGUAAAACUAGUUUGUAUUGUGAUCAAAGAUCUUUUAGAUAAUGGCCUAUCGCCUGCUGAUAUUGGUGUCAUCUCACCAUAUCGACUCCAAACAAGCUUAAUUGAAGCCGGAUGUCGACGAAUGUAUCCGGAAAGCGUCACCGAUCAACUGGAAAUUAAUUCUGUCGAUGCGUUUCAAGGAAGAGAGAAAGAAGUGAUUAUUUUAUCAUUAGUUCGAUCAAACGAUGAAGGAACAAUUGGAUUUUUAAUCGAAGAACGGCGUUUAAAUGUAGCCAUUACUCGUUCUCGUUCUCAUUUGGUUGUUGUUUGCGAUUCUGGAACAGUGACGAGAAAUUCAACUGCACUAGAAAAGUUUAUUGAUUAUUGUUAUGAAUACGGAAAAGCAGAAAGCGCUUCCGAUUACGAAGAAUUGUUGGAUCAAAUAGUGAUGGAUCAAGUACCCCAGGCGGUUUCGACCAAUUCACAGCAAGCGGUUGAUGUAAAAUCGAACAAGAACAACAAAGAUUUGAAGAAAAAUUUAAAAGCAAACCGAAAACAAGAUAAUAACCAUAAAAACAAGAAAAAACAAAACAUUAAUAAUAAUAAUAAUAAUUUUCAUUCAUAAUUUUCAUAUCUGUAAAGAUAUUGGCGCCGAAUAAACGAAUAAAAGAAAAUGAAAAACAAUUAUAA